UUUGUGCCGAUAGCUAAUACAGUUCUCUAGUGAAAGAGCUUAAGCUGAUCUUAUUGUAUCACUUGAAAUGUGAAACAAUUUGAAUGUGGCAAAAGAGAAGGAAUGUAACGCAAUAGCAUGUUAUCAUCUUGCCUUUGAUCAAUAGCACUGUUGACCUGACAGCAAAUAUACUGAAAGGGCAAAGUUCAAAAAUAAAAACUACUGACUGUUCUCCUGAAGAAAGAAGAUGGGCCUCCAGCCACCAAAACACCUCCCAGACUUAUAUAAUUAACACUAUGUCUGGGACGACCAUGUGAUCCCGCUGUAGUCCUCGGUGCUAUUCAUGGCGCAGGCCUUAAGGUGCAUCUCAAAGCAAAUCGGCCAACAGAGCAACACUAUGCUGUUGUUCCUGAACAAUAAAUAUGAUCUUGAUGCUAUUUCCCACUGAAGACUGAUUCAUGUUUACCUGGUCCAGAUCCCUCCCCUUUAUGAUUCCCUCUAUACUGAUAAGAGAACAGCAAACACAUAGACAUUUGGCAAAAUCUCAGCCUCUCUAUCAGUCUAGCUCUGUUGAGCCUUGGACAAUAAUUGCUGUAUUUCAGCAAAUCAAAGAGCUCCGCUUCAGUUCCUGGGUGCAGGGAACCUAUGGCAGAACAACGAUCUUGACGUGAUUCCACCAUUUGAAAUCCAUUUACAGGGAAGGGCAGAGUAAUAUAUUCUAGAGCGCACUGAUAAGCUCGGAUGGACUCAACAGGCCGCUGAGUGAAACGCUGGGGAGCUUUACAGUGUGCUGGUGAUUCUCCAAUACAGGCCAAAUCCUGACUUUAACAUGAAGAUCUCUGGGACUUCACUCGACCUGAGUGCAGCAGACUAUGGGAUAACCCUGGACCCUACAGUCACCAUGCUGGAGUUUGACGGUCUACGUGUUCUCCCUCUGCAAACAGAGCCACUAAUUCCAGGCCAUAUGCCUGGAUCAGUACCAGUGUCUGCGCCGCUGCAGAGCAGCGUGAAUCUCUGCUCUAUCUGCGCAGACAGAGCUACGGGGAAACAUUACGGUGCGUCCAGCUGCGAUGGCUGCAAGGGCUUCUUCAGAAGGAGCGUGCGCAAGAACCAUGCCUACACAUGCCGGUUCGGCAGGCAGUGUGUGGUGGACAAAGACAAAAGAAACCAAUGUAGAUACUGCAGACUUCGAAAGUGCUUCAGAGCCGGCAUGAGGAAAGAAGCUGUUCAGAAUGAGCGUGACCGUAUCAGCUGUCAUAGAGAAGGUCAAGGCGUUGGGACUCUCACCAUCGAUGUGCUGAUGCAGGCGGAGACUUGCACUCAUCAGAGCCCCUCCCAGAAUCCCAUGAGCGACAUCAAAACCAAGAAGAUAGCUGGCGUGAGUGAUGUGUGUGAAUCCAUGAAACAGCAGCUCCUCCUCCUAGUGGAAUGGGCAAAGUGCAUCCCUGAAUUCUGUGAGCUGUCGGUGGAUGACAGGGUGGCACUGUUAAGAGCUCACUCCGCUGAGCACCUCAUCUUAGGGGUGGCACAACGUUCAAUUCCUUACAAUGACAUCAUCCUACUGGGAAACGACUUCAUCAUUCCUGUUCGAGGCACCGAGCAGGAGAUGUCCAAGGUAGCCACUCGUAUCCUGGAAGAGCUGGUGAGACCGCUGAAAGAGCUGAACAUCACAGACACUGAAUUUGUCUGUCUCAAAACCAUCGUCUUUUUUUCCCCAGACUGUUCUGGAGUGCAGUGCACUCAGGCAGUGCGCCGACUGCGAUUCCAGGCCCAGGUGCUGCUGGAUGAGGCCACGAGUGAGCAGCGAGGCCGGUUUGGGGAGCUGUUGCUGUUGCUGACCACACUCCAGAGUGUGGCCUGGCAGAUGGUGGAGCAGCUGCAGCUGAUGCGUCUCCUGGGCAAAGCCAAUGUGGACAGCCUGCUGAUGGAGAUGCUCUUGGGAGAAGAAGCAUCCAGAGGAUCUGAAGCACUGCCUGCAUCAGAGUCAAAUCCUGAGCCUCUCAUAUUCACCACAGCUACAGAGUCUGUCCUCUCCAGAGGAAUACUGACAGACCAUAUCCCAGUGCUUAACUUCACAUCCGUGAUCCUUCCUGUACCCUCCUCUCUGUCUGAGGACCCCGUGCUACCCACAAACACCGGAGCAGAGGUCUUCACACAUGGACAAGCAGCAGACAUGCCAAGAGAAAUGUCCAACAGUCUCCACACGUGCCUUUAACCACAUGUACAGUAUAAAGGUCCUCAGUUAAACAGACAUAAAUAACUCUAUAUACUAAAGACUGCUCCUGAUAGACACAUAUAGACACAGACACUGAAAUUAUAGAUGAGGAGUCCUUGUAUUUUACAGU